GCACUACAGUCGUACGUGCCUACGCCCUGAGCUUAUAAUAGCAGCAGUGUACCUCACUCACCCUUCCACUCCCACCCCGACCCCCACCCCCUUUCCAUCUCCUUCUUCUUCAUUUUUAAUACCGUUCCGUGUAAAUCAAAAACCCUAGAGAGAUAAGCUGUUGCAUGGAAGAACAGGAUUGUGAAGAUGCUUUGCGGUUAGUGCCAUUGACCUUUAGUGGGCUAACAAAUGAUGUUUCAAUCAUAGUCAGCAAUGGUGAUGCGUAUCAGCAUAGUAUCGUUAAAGCUGGGAGUAGUGGGAUUCAUAAUAUCCCUGUCCCUAUACCUCAAUGGAUAAACUGCCGAACUCCUCGAAAUUAUGUCGAAUUUCUCGCAGAGAAAGGGUUCCCUGAAAUCCAGAAAGGUGUAUCCUAUGACAUUUCUGCAGAAGCAUCUAAUUUUGGAAAUAUCUAUCCUUCUCAAGUGGAAGAAUAUUCAAGGCUGCAGGGUGAGUGGGCUCAGGUAAUGGAUUUCACAGGUGCUGAGCAUCAGCUUGGUGUUCAGAAACAAGCUUGGAAUGAAGAAUAUAGUAAUGUUUCUCAAGCCAAUUCAGGGUUGGGUGCUGCUGCAGCAAAUUAUUCUUCUGAAAAUCGUCGUAAAAUAUCAAGACAGAGAGCUUAUGCUUCUGAUCGUUGUCGCAGAUUGAGGAUUUCAGAGAGGAUUGAUGCGUUGCAGGAAUUGCUGCCACAUUCUAGAGAGGGUGGUAAAGCAUCUGUGCUGGAUGAUAUCGUUGACCAUAUCAAAUAUUUGCAAUUUCAAGUGAAGGAUUUGAGUCGAAGCAGACUGGGAAGUGAAUCAACUUCUAGUCCUUUUAUAUUCCUCGAGGGAUAUGGCCAUUACUUCAUUCAUGAGCAGAUGAUCCACGAGCCUCUUGAAGAGAUGAUGGGAAAGUUGUUUGAGGUCAAUCCCUCAGCAGCCACCGAACUAUUGCAUAGCAGGGGACUUUAUGUGAUGCCCAUGGCUUUUGCAGAAGGGUUCCACAAACCCGCAUAGAUUCUGCACGUCUAAGUCAGUUGUAUGCUUUUAUAUUUACGAUCUAAUUUCAGCAUCUUUUACCUGACAUUACAGGUAAAGGUUUUGGAUAUAUAUGUGCAAACAAAAUCAGAAUCAUGCCUCUUUCUUCAUGUCUUUAUAUCCUACAAACUUACUAAUAUGUUUGGCUAUACAAAUAACUUUAGUUUGAAUACAAAUUGGUUGUUGGAAG